UUCCGCCCACAUAGCAAAGCACAGCACACCAAAGCAUAGCGGUUGGCAGCAGAAAUGCCCAAAGACACGGCCACCCCAGAAGCGUCGCCGCAAGAUGCAAUCCACCAAAUGCAUGCCACGGCAUCGCGCUCCAACGCCUUGACCACCUUCGACGACCUGACCGCCCCGCCUUUGCCUGCCUCGUCGAAUGAGACCAAGACCAUCGAGCUGGUCGGCGGUUUGAGCAGUCUCUACAGUCGUCUGAAGGCUUCGGUCGGUGCCAGCUCCAUCAGAGACAGGGACAUGCUCGCGAGCCCUUCGGUCACUGCUGCCGCAACCUCUCCCGUCGUCGUCUCCCGUCCUUCUUCGCGUUUACAGUCUCCUCUUGCCCCAGCGUUCCCCGACCAUCCACCCCCGCCAUCGCGAGAUUCGAACGCUUCAAGCUCCAUCGUGUCCGCAAAGCCCUCGCUCAAUGGUUCGAGGUCUUCGCUUGCCACCGUCCGCUCGAGGCCUUCCAUUACUCCAAGCUUGGAUUCGGCGAGGACCGUUAAUGAAGACGACCCAUUCACUCACAGCCCCGCCAGCACCACCAAAUCCCAUGCCGCCCCUCCGUCAGACCAGCCUGCACGAAGCAAUUCCUCUCUCGUGCCUGCCUCUACCUCGCGAAACCAGCCCUCGACAUAUAUGCCCGGUCGGGAAGAUAGCUUGCGCCACCAGAGGGGGGGCAGCCUUCAGUUGAGAAGAGAAGGCAGUGGUAGUUCAGAAGACGAUCUGGUGCUUGUAGAGGGAGGCCCGGCAGCCGGUAGCAGCACCAACCACGCGUUUGCCUUAGACACCACAGCCGAAGGAUUGACCAAGGUAGCAUCACGUCCCGAACAUCAAUACAAGCCCAGUUUUCCCUCUACUCAUGAUCUCGCAAAGCUUUCUGAUAACCCUCAAUCCACCGAGAAACCUCGCGUCACUGUAACCGCCAACGCUCAAACGCCUGUGCUUGCCCCAGCGCCACAGCGCCCUCCGUUGGUACAGGUUGGCCCUUCUCAUUUACCUGGUUAUCGUCCGUCACGAGCUUCGUCCUCGGAUGGCUUGAGUUCCGUAAUCACUUCCACCACCGUCCGCAGCCCCACCCUUCCGUCCAUAGAGCAGGCUCGCCAGCGCACCACUAACAUGCCAUUGCGUCCGUUACCUAGGAACGCGCAAUCCCGAAUGCAGCACAAGAUCAUCGAUCGGGAUUUCUGGAUGAAGGACGAGAAUGCCAAAGAGUGCUUCAAGUGUGGCGAUGCCUUCUCCACCUUCCGGCGCAAACACCACUGCCGCACCUGUGGCCAGAUAUUUGACUCGAAGUGUACGUCCCUCGUAGACGGAAAGCUGUUUGGCCAGUCGGGCAAUCUCCGCGUCUGCAAGCCAUGCGAAGGUAUCAUCUACGGGGACGACGAUGAUUCCUCCGUCUACACUGAUGAUGAUGACCAAGCGUCGUUGUAUGAGCAGGAUGAGAGAGAGGACUAUGAGGCCGGUCAGCUCAACCCGUCCGAUAGCGACCAUACAAAGAUCGGAACCCCAACUAUCAGCAUCCCCAUGUCGAGGAAAGCAGGUAGUGAGAAAAAACGUCGCUCAGCCGUCAUUGAGGUUGCUCCUGCCAAUCUACCUAGACCCAGUUCCUCACGCUCCCUGCGCUCGCUUGGUGGCCGCCCACGCUCUUCGAGCCACAAGCGCCACCCUUCUAGGCACCAGCAUAUGCGAAAUCCGAGAUUGGAGGAUCGUGCGCCUUUUCACCAAUUUGAUACCGAGAACCGCAGUCGAUCUGCCCUCCCCGCUUUCCAUCAUGACAAUAUCAUUGACCCUGAUCUAGCGCAGUUUAUGUCUGAUGAAGACUCUAGUGAAGACGAACAACUCAGCAUUUUCGCUGCGUUGAGUGGGGAUCUGCAAUCUCAGACUACUUUGGACGGAGAGAAAGGUGGUCUGGGUGGUCUCCUUGCGUCGAUGAGAAAAGGAAAAUCUAGACCCGGCGAUAGGAGUGUGGCCGGAGGCGGUUAUGCUCGCGAUGCGGAUAACAUAAGCGUGACAAGUCGACAUUUCAAUCGCCAUCCCAGGAAAAGGAACCUCAGUGUGAGCAGCGUCACACACAGGCCCUCACCCAGGCGGUCGAAAAGUAACAGUCUACUGAAGCCGUUUGGGGCUACAUUCAGUCCCAACGCGUUGAUUGGGACUUCGCCCUCACCACAACCCCAUUCCUCUCCAACACCCCCCUCGGGCUCCAAGAUUACUCGCAGUGCAUCCAUGCGAGGGGGCAACACACCCCAAGUUGAAUUGAAUCAAGCCAGUUUGGAGCAUGUGCGGAAAUUAUUGAAGCAGAUGUUGCAGGAUGCCGGCGUCGCGCACGUGUCCAGUUGGGAAAAGGCCCUUGUUCCCAUUCUGCUGCAAUGUACCGACGACGUGAACCCUGAUCUUCAUAGAGGAGACGACAUAGACAUACGAAACUACAUUAAACUCAAGAAGGUAGUGGGAGGAAAGCCUCGCGACACUUCAUACGUUUCUGGCGUCGUUUUCCGCAAGAACAUUGCGCUCAAAAGUAUGCCCCGCAAUGUCAGCCACCCGCGGAUUCUCAUCAUCGGUUUUGCUGUCGAAUAUGCUCGCCACCAGACUCACUUCAUGAGCUUGGAGCCUGUAAUUGCACAAGAAAGAGAAUAUCUUCGCAACCUAGUCGGUAGGAUUGCCGCGCUUCGCCCCAACGUGUUGUUAGUCCAGCGUAACGUCUCUGGCUUAGCUCUCGAGUUUCUUGAGCAGGCCGGAAUCUCCGUUGCCUACAACGUCAAAGAAACCGUCCUCAACGCUGUCGCGAGAUGUACUCAGUGCAAACUGGUUUCGUCUGUCGACCAACUCGCCGAUACUUCGCGUCUAGGUCGGUGUGGUAGUUUUGACGUCAAAACAUAUGUUCAUAAGAACAUUCGACGAACUUACAUAUUCCUAUCUGGCUGUCAACCUGAUUUGGGAUGCACAAUAGCUCUUCGUGGCGAUGAAGCAGCUAAUCUGGCCAAGUUGAAGCACAUCACUGAGUUCAUGUGCUACGUCGUGUUCAAUCUUAAACUCGAAACCUGCCUUAUGCGCGAUGAGUUCGUCAUGGUUCCAACUGUAUCAACUACGGGGACGCUUGCCUCGACCAAGCAUGAGCCAGAAGUGUCGCAAUUUGUUGAUAGCAAGUCACCGGCAGCGCCACAACCAAGUGAGGAGCAGGAAAGUCAGCUCCCUGCAGAUCGAAUCCAGGCGUUGCAUGAUACAUCUGCACCGUCAUAUCACAGUGAAGUGGUGGAGAAUCAUCAGACAAAAAUUCUAUCAGCUUCCCCCUUUGUGCAGUUCAUGCAGCCUUACUUGCUCAACAAGGCGCGAGAAUACGAAAAGAAGUUGGAAGAUCUGAAAAAGCUACGCGACCAAUACAUUACAGAUGAGGAGGUCAAAGAGGAGAAACCGCAGAAUUUUGAGCUCGUCCAACCGGAGAUGGUGCAUGUGGUGGUAGAAAAAGCUUCCAGACAAGUUCGGGAGUUUUUGCACGCUGUUCAUGCUUCCGAAUACGACAAAGCUUUACACAACUACACCACUCAAAAGCGACAAUGGGAGGCCUACUUGGCCACGAACUUGGACGUUUAUGACCCCUUCAACCAUCAAAGGAUUGCAGUGCUUUACAGUGUCGUCAAUACUGCCAACUCCACCCCUUGCAUUGGGCCAGAGAUCAUUGCUUUAAACUUCUACCAAGAACAUGAUUAUGAUGACGGAUUCACUCCCGAUUGUACACUUGGCCAGUACGUCGAGGAUCUUUGUCAUUCCGCCAACUUGCUGUGCGAGGUGGAUGGCUGCAAUCGCAGAAUGCUGGAUCACUCUCGACAGUAUGUACACGCCGAGGGUCAAAUGAGUGUAAUUGUGCAGAAGAGCCCUUCCAGAAUCAAGGGACUACAAAACACCAUUUUGAUGUGGAGCUGCUGCAGGAUCUGUGGCCAGGAAACCCAGGUCAUACCCAUGUCGGACAGCACCUGGAAGUACUCGUUCGCGAAGUACCUUGAGCUGACUUUCUGGAGUACCGAGCUGCACCCCAGGGCCGGCAUUUGCCCCCACGACAUCCACAAAAAUCAUGUCAGGUACUUUGGAUUCAACAACAUGGCCUUACGUAUCCAGUACGAUGCGGUGCAACUGUACGAAGUCAUCGUUCCAAGACCGAUCGUGACCUGGAAAGUAGACAGUGAUCUACGACUCAAAAAUGACCAAUUUCUCAAGAUAGAAGACAGGCUUGAUCGGUUCAUGGCUUCUGUCAGGUCUAGAAUCAAGAGUAUUCACGUAGAGAGUGUCAUACCUGAGAAAGUGGAGCUUUGCCGGACAGAAGUGGACAGACUGAUGAAACGUGCCAACGAUGAGCAUGAUUGGCUGCGAGAAAAAUUGCAAAUGAAAUACAUGAACUCGAAAUACUACGAGAUCAUCCCACUGAAUCGAGCUAUACGUGCGAUUCAGGAAAAAGCUAUAGCAUGGGAUGAGACAUUCACGGACUUUGAACAACAAUUUUUUCCGUCUGAAAAGGAUAUCAGGCGCCUAGCCACGCUCCAAUUGAAGAAGUUGUUCUUGGAGCGCGAUGAAUCGACCAGCUCAUUGACUUCCGUGGAGGAAGGCUCAGAGAUUCUCGAUGAGCCUGCCAUGGGUGAGAAGAAUGAGACACUCACCCUAACGCCAAUGCCGUCCAACAUGUCCCGUGAACGUGCACAUAACAUGCUCACAUCUGUGGUGGAAGAAGAUCAGUCUGGCGGCAGUAAUAGGUCUGUGGGUGUACCUCCCCAACCUGCGAGGGGUGAAGGGUCUCCUGUAUCGAAUGAUGAUCAGGUUGGCCACAGUCUACCAUUGCAGACUCCAAUGGAAGCUGUUGAAAGGGACGAUGUUCGGCACCUCGACCUGGCUGUUGCAUCGGCGUUCUCAGAGAGUCCUGUUGCCAAGGAUGAAUCUCUAGUAAAGACACCGACCAUCCCUGCGGAGUCAAGCUAUGAUGAACUGGGGUCGCCCACGCCGACCGCUCCUUCCAAAGCCAAUCCCAUCGACGAAAGCCUUGCCAACGCUGUCGGACAAUCUCCACCAUCGCCAUCACCGCAGCAGGGAUCGUUUGGUACCUUGGAAAGCAAGAUCCCACGUCUUGUCGACACUAUUCGCCGCGAGACAGCACCAAAAAGGCCAGCACUUCUAACGAGAACACAAUCACAGCCUGGGAAUAUUGUGAAGCACAAUAGUGCUCCUUCCAAAGCUACGUCUACAAACACGCCGGAGUCUAAGCCAACGCUGGGCGGUGAUUCUACCAAAGUCAUUGAGCGAAUCUCGGAAAGGCUCGCUCUAGGCGCAUUCAAGUCGGGGAAGGGGGUCUCCAAAAUCCCUCGCUCCAUACCUUUGAGGAACCAGCGGGAGUUUUCCAAGGUCUCUCGACUCGCAGAGCACUUCGAACAAUUGUCCAAGGAGUUUCAAAAAGAGCGAAUGCGUGAGCGUCGUAAUGAGCGCAACCGGCAGAUGCGUGCCUACCCACUGGCGUCGUCCAAACCUAUUGUAGAGGUGUACAGGAAUGUUCACGAAGCGGUCCAGGAAGAAAGCUUUUCAGACGAAGAUGCGCAGCUGGAGUCUUCGGUGCGGGCUAGUAUCGACAAUAGUACGCUGGGCGAUAGCAACCUCACGGAAACAACAGGCGGCGGUACUACGACAUCGAAUUCACCGGUAGAGGAACGACACCACAAAGAUCCACAACGUCGCUCUAGCGAAACCGAGCUACCUAUUGACACUCCAUCACAUGCCUCUGACGUUGACAACGAGGCUAGCGAUGCGGAGACAGCACCCGAAGAAGUACCUCUGCCCGAUAGCAUCGCCAGCUCAGACUUACUGUCAAUGACUGAUUCUCAACUCGAGAACUCAUUAGAGUUACCCAAACAUGAGAAAACCACUCUGAUGAAGAUGUUGACAAGCUUUUGGUCCGAGCGAUCUGCAAGUGGAUGGGUGCCUCUUGAUUAUCCUUUUGCACAGAUUGAACAUGUUUGGGAAAGUUCUGAUAUUGUUGUGCGCGAGGAUGAGCCCAGUUCUAUCAUUGCUCUUGCUCUAUCAAGUACGGAUUAUAUGUCAAAGCUACAAUCGUUCCGCGAGCCUAUCGCCGUCACCGGUGGAAUGGAAACUCAAGAUCAGUCCAUCGAGCGCAACCUUACGAAUUUGCAGAACAAUAACUAUAGGUAUAGUUUCACCAACCGUGGCGUCAAGGUACAGUGCAAGGUGUUCUAUGCGCAGUCGUUUGAUGCACUUCGUCGAAAGUGUGGUGUUGCUGACCGCUUCGUCGAAUCGCUCUCGCGCUGCUCAAAAUGGGACUCCAAGGGAGGAAAGUCAAAAUCCAUCUUUCUCAAGACUCUAGAUGACCGAUUUGUACUGAAGAGUCUUUCACCGAUUGAGGUUCAAGCAUUUUUCCGCUUCGCACCCAACUACUUCUCUUUCACACACCAGAACCUGUUUUACAGCCUUCCUUCCGUCAUUGCUAAGAUGUUUGGCCUCUUCCAGGUCCAAAUCAAGACGCCGACCGGCCGUGACUUUGACUGCUUCAUGCUGGUCAUGGAGAAUCUUUUCUAUGAUCGCGAGCCGAAUCGGCGCUACGACCUUAAAGGUAGCAUGCGCAACCGCAAAAUUGAAUCAACGGGCGAGCGCGAUGAAGUCCUCCUCGACGAGAACCUUGUCGACAUCAUCUACAGCGAAACCCCCAUCUUCGUACGCGAGCAUACCAAGAAACUACUCAAAGCGAGUGUGUGGAACGACACACUCUUUCUGUCCCAGAAUAAUGUUAUGGACUACAGUCUCAUGGCCGGAUUUGACGAUACGAACCGAGAAAUCAUCGUCGGCAUCAUUGAUUGCAUACGAACCUAUACGUGGGACAAGAAGCUUGAGUCUUGGAUCAAAGAUCGUGGCAAGAACAAACCAACCAUCACCUCUCCCAAGGACUAUCGCAAUCGUUUCCGCAUCGCCAUGGAGAAGUACAUCCUUCAGGCCCCCAACUGCUGGCACCAGUUUCAAGGCAGGGUCGUUGGCGUUGGUGUGGAGAGACCUGGUGCCGCCGGCGCUAGUGGAAUUGGAGGCGGCGCCAGCGGCGCAGAAUCGCGGAGGACGAUUGUGUUGGAAACGGGGCCCGGACAGGCAAAUCAGGUUAUGGAGGUUGAGGGUGGUGAGAUGGAGAGGGCGGAGGGGAAUCGGAUUUGAUGACGAUCACAUUCUUACCUGUUUGAAUGUAUGCUGUAGCCGAGAUAGUAGGUGUUUUAGCAUGUUGGACGCGCGAGUAGUUUCAUGUGACGUCGACCGUUUU